GCUAGUCUAGACUACACAUUGACUUCUGUUGGUUUUUUUUUCUUUUUUCUUUUUUUGAAGAAAAAAAAUUUAAAACACCACACAUUAGACCGUUUCACAUUCUGUGUUUCGUUUUCACUCACUCAGUAUCUUCACCCGCGUCAAAUUGGAAUUCCACGAGGUAGGGCAAGAAUCGCCGGAAAAUGGGGAGGCGGAAGCUGCAGAUGAAGCGAAUCGAGGACAAGAGUAGCCGUCAAGUCACCUUUUCCAAACGCCGCUCCGGAUUGAUCAAGAAGGCGCGCGAGCUCUCCAUUCUCUGCGACGUGGACACCGCCGUCAUCAUAUUCUCCAGCCACGGCAAGCUCUUCGAAUUCUCCAGCACUAACAGUUUGGGUAACAUGCUUGAACGUUAUAGGAGUCACUAUGAAGAGAAAUAUGAGACUUCAAAGGAUGUCAAACCAGCACUCAUUUCACAUGCAGAGCUAUUAAAUAUGAUCCAAAGCCAACUUGAAGAACAAAAAGUGGAGCAGCUGACUCUGACUGACCUUGUAAAACUAGAGAAACAACUCACUAUGUCACUUUCAGAAACUAGGGCUAGAAAGACAGAACUGAUGAUGGAAUACAUAAUGAGCCUCCGUGAAAAGAAAAGGUUGCUGGGAGAAGAAUAUAAGCUUCUUCAGAAAGAGGUUGCUGCCAUGGAGAUAAGCAAUACUGACGGAAAUAUGGUGGGAGUUGAUCCACCGCUGGAGCUAACACUAACUCUGCUUCAGUAGGUGGCGCUGCUCGCUAGCUCAAGGGUUGCUGUGGUGGGUUGAAACUCCCCUCACAACCCAUAUAUAGGAGCAUUGUAAAGCAGUCAAGAGAUACGUAACCCUUUAACCUAUAUAUCUUUCUAAAGUGAUUUCAACAUCUGUCUAUACCGUCUCUCUUCCUUCCUCCCACGUGUAUGCAAAAAGCCCCUUUCAGAAACCUUAAUAUCUACAGCCUUUUUGUUGGAAUCCACCACGCGUGCUGUUGUUCUAAUAUUCUACUUGUCCAAUGCAUAUAACUCCGGUAUGCAGAGUCUAAUUGUCAUUGUCUGAUUUACUUAUUGUGAGAAUCAUCCAUGAUAAAAUAGUGUAAUGUUAUAAUCAAUGUAGUGAUCUCAAACUGAUUCUAGUCAAUAAGGGGCGUGUCCAUGUCCGUGUGCGUGCAAUGUCCGUGUGCGUGCAAUGUCCUAAGACAUCUUCUGUACGAGGUGUGGUUGUCGACUUUUUUUUGCUACGACUACGAGGUAUGUGCCCGAGGUAAAGAUAUUUAUUCAUGUCACGUUCACUAUCUUCCGUAGAGACACGUAGCAGUGUACUAGGCUACUAGCACCUUUUGUGUUUGUGGAGACUGUGGCUGUAAUUCUCAAUGUUGACAAACGUAAGGUGGUCAGGCGCGGAUGAAAAUAUCUAGGUUUUUUUUUUAAUUUUUAAUUUUUGUUAUUUAAUAAGAGAUAAUUAUUUUU